AUGGCACCCAAACGUAAGAAGCAGGCGCGCUCCAACAGUGCUACGGAGGAAGACCCGGCGUUGAAACGGCCAACGCCAAAGCGUGCCAAAGAAAUCGACGCCAACACGCCUUACGAUCAAUUGGAUGAGCUUCUGGAGAAGAACAAUUCAGAUCACAAACCGCGCAAUGUUCUCCACUGGUUUCGAUCCAAAGAUCUCCGGCAAGAAGACAACAAGGCCCUCCAUCAAGCCUCGCAAAAGGCAAAGGAGGGCAGCGGCAGCCUGAUCACCAUGUAUCUGCACAGCCCCAAGGAUCUCGAGUGGCACGGCACAUCGCCAGCGCGCAUCGACUUCCUCCUCGAGAGCUUGCGCAUUCUCCAGAAACAACUUGAGGAUAAGCACAUCCCGCUUACCGUUGUGGAAGUCCCGGAGCGCAAUCAGAAGACGGAGAAGGUGCUCCAGUUCGUCAAAGACAACAACGUCUCUCACAUCUAUGCCAACAUGGAGUACGAGGUCGAUGAGCUCCGUCGGGACAUCACUGUUGCCAAAGCGGUUCAAGCGGCGCAAGACCUGUCGUUUGAAGUGCUGCACGAUCAAACCGCCAUGGAGCCCACUCUCCUCACCACCAACGCGGGUGGGCCCAUUCAAGUCUUCACGCCUUACCACAAAGCGUGGCUGUCGGAGACGAAAGCGAACCCAUCGCACUACGACACCGUUCCAGCCCCAGAAGCCAACGACAAGAGCACUGCAUCCUCCUUGAAGAAACUCUUCGGCUCCGCAAUACCCGACCUCCCAGAGACCAAGAACUUUGCCUCCAAAGACGAACAAAACCGUCUGCGCAAACUCUGGCCUCCGGGCCACGAAGCCGGCAUGCAACGACUAGACCACUUCCUCAACAAAAAGGUCUCCCAAUACGCCGCUCACCGCAUCGAACCCGCUAAAGACAACUCUAGUCGCCUAUCCCCUUACUUCUCUGCCGGCAUCAUCUCCGUCCGCGAAGUCCUGCAAGCCACACAGAAAUGGAACAAAGGCGCGCACUUCGACGACGGCGAUGUCGGCGUCGAUUCCUGGGUGCGUGAAAUCGUCUUUCGCGAAUUCUACCGCCACAUGAUGAUCAUCAAGCCUCACGGCUCCAUGAAUAUGCCACAGAAUUUGAAAUUCGACUUCGUGCAGUGGGAGGAGGACGAGGAAGGGUGGGAGAAGUGGUGUGAGGGUAAGACGGGCGUGCCGUUUGUGGAUGCCGGGAUGCGGCAGUUAAAUCACGAGGCGUAUAUGCAUAAUCGCCUGCGAAUGAACACGGCGUCUUACCUGCGCGGGAACCUGCUGAUCGAUUAUCGACGGGGGGAGAGGUAUUUCGCCGAGCAUCUGGUUGAUUGGGACAUGUCGAAUAACACCAACGGGUGGGAGCCGAAUUACACCAUGUUCAACCCCAUCACGCAGGCGGAGAAAUGCGACAAGAACGGCGACUACAUCCGCAAAUGGGUCCCGGAGCUGAAAGACGUCCCAGGUAAAGCUAUCUUCGCCCCUUACGAUCGACUUUCGAAGGAAGAGUUCCAGAAGCUGGGCUACCCCGAGCCGCACGUCAACUUCGACGAGACGGCGCAGCGAGCGAAGGAACGGUACAAGCGCGACUUGCACAGUGCGGAUAUCUAG